AUGAGUGAACAAGCGAACUCUUCGGGCAUCGAAUCCCUUUCGAAUGGGCUCCGAGAACGGAAUGCACAGGCAUCGAAACCUAUUGGGGACGGGGAAGUAACUUCCCAGUCUCUAGAGGAUAAGUUACAAGUAGAGGAAGGGGAUGCGGCAGAUGCAGAGAAGAAGACAUUUGGUAGAACUCCAGAUGGCAAAGUUUUCACCGUGCCCCCCACUCGUGAUAUGGUAUCGCAGUUACUUUCCCCUUCAGAGCCGAAAAACAUAUCUGAUAUCUUUGUUCUCGCCAUUCUCGGCUGCCAUAUCCUUCUGCUCUGGUGUCUUCCAUCCUCGUUCCGGAUCGCAGCUUUUGCCGUUAUAUUCCUGUUCUGGCGUGCCUCUUACAAUAUCGGGAUAGGAUGGCUCCUGCACAUGCAGUCAAAUGGCCGAACAUUGGUCUGUUGGGCCAAGAAGUCGAACAUCUUCGUGAACCCAUCCACCGGCCAGAACCCCCAUCCGACCUUGUACAAGAUGCUCAAGUGGGAAUUGGAAACGAAGAUAUCGGAACAGUAUUCUUUCGAUGAAGCCCCCACUGAAUACAACACUUGGCUUGUAUUUAGACGUGUCGUGGAUCUGAUUUUGAUGUGUGACUUUACUUCAUACUGCCUGUUCGCAAUCGCCUGUGGCGGUCGCCCAGCUGGAGAGAGUUUCAUUAUGCUGGCUUUGAGAUGGACUACUGGGAUGAGCCUGGUGCUCUUCAACCUCUGGGUCAAGUUGGAUGCCCAUCGGGUAGUCAAAGACUUUGCAUGGUACUGGGGAGAUUUCUUUUACCUAAUCGAUCAGGAACUCACUUUCGACGGCGUCUUUGAGAUGGCCCCGCAUCCUAUGUAUUCCGUUGGCUAUGCGGGAUAUUACGGCAUCUCCUUGAUGGCAGCUAGUUACAAGGUCCUUUUUAUUUCCAUCCUAGCACAUGCCGCCCAGUUUGCGUUUCUGGUUCUUGUUGAAAAUCCUCAUAUCGAAAAAACUUAUAAUGUUCCUCCGCCCCGGAAGAGAGUCGCAGUCGACACAGAUACGAAACUACAGGAGGACGAAAACUCCCAUGAAGGCUCAGUUGUCAGCGACAUCGCUAACUCGGCUCCAGUCAUGCCGGCUUUGCAACCUGUGUCGAUGCACAACCUCUUAGGCCUCCACAAUAUCGACCUGUACCGGAGUACAGACCAAUCUGUGCUCUUAGCCCAGCUACUAUUCUUUGCCCUGACUACUGUGACGCCAUCAACUCCUGUGUAUCAAUUUUGCUUCGUCCUGAAUGCUGCCCUGUGGAGGAUAUGGUAUUCCGUGGGUAUUGGUUACAUACUCAACCGUCAAUCAAACUGUAAGAUGUGGACCAGGCACUUCGUCAAAUACGGAGAAAGCAAUCAUGAAGCAUGGCGACAAUGGAAAGGCACAUAUCAUCUAAGCAUGACCAUGACCUAUGCGAGUUUCAUAGCUGCUGCUUGGAAGAUGUAUUCUUUCCCACAGGACUGGGGCUACGGGCUAGUCCUUUUGAGGCAUAUUUUGGGUGCAAGCCUGAUUGCCCUCCAAAUUUGGACAUCUACGAGUAUCUACGAAUCCCUUGGCGAGUUUGGAUGGUUUUUUGGAGAUUUCUUCUUCGACCAGUCCCCCAAACUUACCUAUAGUGGAAUUUACCGGUUUUUGAAUAACCCAGAGCGCGUCCUCGGUUUAGCAGGCGUCUGGGGAGCGGUUUUGAUCACUAGCACCAAGUCUCUCGUGUUUCUUGCACUAUUAAGCCAUACCUUAACCCUUGCAUUUAUCCAGCUGGUCGAACGUCCCCACAUGCAAAAACUUUAUGGCCAGAGUCUGAGACGAGAUGCCGGCCUUGUUAGGAGCCUGAAGCGUUCGUUGCCUCCCUCUCUAAAACAAAUCCAUGGCAGUGUCGACAAAAUACUCGACGAGUCGUUUGAAUUUAUUGAAGAGUUCAUUGAGGCCGCUCGGCCUAAGCUCGCUACUGGUGUCCAGACUUUCGUGAAAGAUACCUCUGCCUUGUUCCAAAAGUACCCGGCACGAGUCACCAUUUCUCGCCUUGAACCGGACCUAGCUGGCUACGAUCUAAAGGAUUAUUCUAUUACAUUAGAAGGUACUCAGCCUUCCCAACCAACACAAUUCGAAAGAGCUAGUGAUAAGGAAGGCGAAAGAGCGCGAUCUAUGCAAUUCAGGAGAGGCGAGCAAGAAAACCUCAUAUUCGAAUACGGGGCUCCAAUCAAAGUUAAAUGGACCGCGCCACUGAACCAUAGUAAAAAGGAUUGGAUUGGUCUCUACAUGGUUACUGAUAAUACCUCGCGGGAGGUCACAAGUGUGGCAUCCCAGGGCCGGUGGAUCGCCACUAACCAAGCUUCAUUCGACUCUGAGACGUGCGAGCAGGGCCUAAUCUCGAGUGACAUUGUUUUGAAAAUAACUCGGGAAGAUUGCGAGCCAAUCGACGUUGCAUCUGGAGAAAUGGUUUUCUCAGGCGAUAAGCUCUGGUGGACUCAAGGUGUCUUCGAAUUCAGAUACCACCACAACGGCAAGCAUAAUGUUAUGGCUGUCUCGCGUCCCUUUGAAAUCCGCAUUGGAAGAUUCGAUGAGGAUAUCGUCGAAGCCGAUAACUACGGCCUCGUGAGGGCGGCUGUCGAAGCUGCUUUGCUACCAGUUGUCCAGAAUUGCUUUGACAGAGACCCAGAAAUUGCACCGCAAACUGCUGAAGAACAUUAUGGCUGCCUCGUUGAAAGGGAUGGGAAGUACUCGAAGAGAGUAGUGUUUGCUGUCCAGCACAUGUUUGGUAUCGAAUUUGCUCCUGAGGUUGUCCGCGCCGAUGGAAAUGUUCGAAACUUGGCAUGGCGGAUAUGUAAUGCCAAGAAAGUUCUGGCACCAUAUAGUAUGUCGCGUUCAAACGGAGCCUCGACACCCACGACAGAGCACGAAGAUUAG